GGUGGGCGGGGUUUAAUCCGGUGUUGACGCUCCGUUCUGACGGGCUGUGGUUCUGGAGAACAACAACAGGGCCUGCUCCUUUUAAAACUCCUUCUCUCGGUUCUGAAGGAAAUGUCUCGUGAAGACCCGACCCGGCUGGGCUUGGUUCGGUUCGGUUCUGCCAGGGGCAGCGGAACGGGUAUAAAGCGACGGAAGUAAGAGAACCGGGGAUGUAAAUAAAAGAUGAAGUCACUUUUCCGUUGACCGGUGACGUCACCGACGGGAACAAUGAUUUAAGUGAAAAUAAAACCAUCAGACCGAACCGGUUCUGGAUCUGAGCCCGGGUUCGGACUGACCUAGAGGAUCCGGGGCUGUGGUCCAUGUCCCGCCGGGAUCAGAGGAUGAUGUCGGUUCUGUUCGGGCCCAGUGGAGCUCCGCCAUUAAAGAAGAAAGAUUAAUGUUUUUAACAAACUGAAGCAAAGAUCGAGUUCAGAAAGAGGUCUUGGUCUCUCCUGGACCGAUGAGUUGGACGAUUCCGGAUUCUUUCUUUGUUAUGGAUCUGUGUAUUAUUUAUAACUCCUGCUGCCUUAAAGACUCCAGGGUUCUGAUGUUGACCUCCAGAUACUGGUGACAUUGGACCAGUGUCCCUCAGGGUUGGACCAGUAUGGACAUGGUCAACGAAGGAUUAAUAUGACGGACAGGAAGGCGAGCGAUGGUUCAGACAGAAUGAACGAGGCUCCAAGAGUUGCUUGUUGAGGAGGUCAUAGUCUGCACCUCUGCAGUGGGCGUGUCCUUGUUCAACCGUGGGCGUGUCCUUGUUCAGCAGUGGGUGUGCCCUUGUUCAGCAGUGGGCGUGUCCAGGUCCAGGCAUUCUACCAUCAGUGUUUUUUCUUGCGUUCAUCUGUUCUUUUUGACCCACACUUCCAGCCUCCAACGUUCAACCGUCUAGCACCUACGCCGUCCUCCCCCCUCGUCCCCAUCCCCAAUUUUUGUGUAGCUCUUCCCACCAUCACCCUCAGCCCUUAACCAUGGCGGCAGCCGUCACAGCCUCGUCCUCGUCUCCACCGCUGUCCUCUACUCCCAAUGGCAGUGCCCGAGACCACCUGCUGGCGGUGCGCAGGCGCACCCCGCAAGCCCGACCCUACACCGUCGGACCCGACAGCCUCAGCGGUCUGUCGAUGUCCGUCGGUGCAGAAGGAGCCUCUGCCUCCUCUGAGUUGUCUGGAGCCCAGAUGGAGUCGCCGGGGGUUGGGCUACAGCGGGCCAACAGUGACACAGACCUGGUGAGCUCAGAAAGUCGCUCGUCUCUCACAGCAUCCACAUACCAGCUGACCCUCGGCCACAGCCACCUGAUCAUCUCGUGGGACAUAAAGGAGGAAGUGGACGCCACCGACUGGAUCGGCCUGUACCACAUCGAUGAGACGUGUGUAGCCAACGUCUGGGAGUCCAAAAACCGUGGGGUCAACGGCACCCAGAGAGGACAGAUUCUGUGGAGACUGGAGCCCGAACCCUACUUCAUGGAACCUGAGACAAAGAUCUGUUUCAAAUAUUAUCAUGGCGUUACUGGAGCUUUAAGAGCUAUGACACCCUGCAUCACUGUCAAGAACACUCAUAUACCGGUGAGAAGUGAAGGUCAGCUGGAGGAGCAGUCGGAGAGCGAUCACUGUAGAAAACUGGUCAGCUUCACUCUGUCAGACCUCCGGGCCGUGGGCCUGAAGAAGGGCAUGUUCUUCAACCCCGACCCCUACCUGAAGAUGUCCAUCCAGCCUGGGAAGAGAAGCGGCCUCCCCAAGUUCACCCACCACGGCCAGGAGAGGCGCUCCUCCAUCAUCGCCAACACCACCAACCCUGUGUGGCACGGCGAGAAAUACACAUUCGUCGCUCUGAUGACGGACGUGUUGGAGAUCGAAGUGAAGGACAAGUUCGCCAAAAGUCGUCCAAUCAUCAAGCGGUUCCUGGGUCAGCUGAUCCUGCCCGUGCAGAGACUCCUGGAGGGGUGCACAGUUGAGCAUCGCUCGGUGAACUUCCUCGGUCGCCGUCUCCCUACAGACAAUGUGAGCGGGCAGCUUCACUUCAGAGUGGACAUCACCUCCACCGGACAUGAAGAGGCCUCUCCUGACCCUGGGGGGUCCCUGCUCGGCCCCGGUGAUCCCGGCAGUCCCUCUGAUGAUGAAGACCUUCCUCGUGCCUCCUCAUCAUCACAGGUCACAUGUGGCCCCUCCCCCUCUGGUUCUGAUGAAGGACCCUAUCUGAUGAAUGGCGUCUGUUGCUAUGGAGACAACAGCGCGUGGCGUGAGCCUGGAGGUCUGCGGAUGGAGGACCUGGYUCCUGCGGCCCUGAGGGGCCACACCCACCGUCAGGUGUCACUCAAUGACUACCUGGACGGCCUGGAGGCCCCCCCUGGCCCCGGGGACCGCCCUUCGSUGGGCCCCCUCCCAAACCUGCGCUCCAGUUUUCCCACCGACACGCGGCUCAACGCCAUGCUGCACAUAGACUCGGACGAGGAGGAGGACCUGGUGGGUCAGGACCCGGUGGGUCAGGACCAGGACCAGCCCCAACAAGGCACUGACUCAUCUCUCGGGUCUGGACUGCAGGACCAGGUGGUGCCAAAAACCCUGUCUGGACCUGGACCGGAGUCUGAAGCAGAGGCAGGUUCUUCAGCAGCCUCCCAGUCUCAAACUGGUCCAGAACCAGCUGGAACCAGAGGAGGAGCCCAGGAGGGGGAGCACGGGUCAGAACAAGCAGAACCAUCAGCCGAGGCGGUCCAGGUCUCUGAAAACCCCACAACGUCUGGGUGGUCUCAGGCCGCUCCAGAGGAGCCAGGUGUACAGUGUCAGGAGCAGAGCAGCAGGACUCGAACCUGCAACCCCCCAGCCGGUCCCCUGUCACCCAUCCAGGAGGCUGAGGCUGGGAGGGAGCUGGCCCCGAGGGCAGAGGAGGAGGGGGCGGAGUCAUCAAGCAGCGAGGCCAACGGGCCAAUCACAGCGUCCGCUCCCACCAGCAGCACCGCCCACGCAGGAGGACCCUCAAAGACCGUCUCAGGAGCUGAAGGAGGCGCUGAGGGGGGGCAGGAGAAAGGAGCAGAGGUGUGGAGGAGACAAUCUAUGCAGGCCCGUGGGGGUCUGGACCACAACCAGGACGUGUCUGGGACCAGUGGGUCAGAGGGCAGGACAGGUGCCACAGCUCAGGUGAGCAGUCAUCAGGUGGUCCGGUCCCUGCCCUCCAUCCGCCAUGACAUCAGCCGAUACCAGAGAGUCGACGAGCCGCUGCCUCCCAACUGGGAGGCCCGCAUCGACAGCCACGGUCGCAUCUUCUACGUGGACCACGUGAACAGGACCACCACAUGGCAGAGACCCACCGCCCCACCGGCUCCACAGACCCUGCAGAGGUCCAGCUCCAUCCAGCAGAUGGAGCAGCUGAACCGCAGGUAUCAGAGUAUCAGACGGACGAUAACCAAUGACCAGAGACCAGAGGAACCACCUGCCUCUGACCUGCUGGGAGACGAGACCGACCUGCAGCCCUCCAGUCCAG